UGUCCCUGAGCUCUUCAGCUCAAGGGUGGAAGAUGUCUAUGGAUGUGACAUUUCUUGGGACGGGAGCAGCAUAUCCAUCCCCAACCCGGGGUGCCUCUGCUGUGGUCCUUCGGUGUGAGGGCGAAUGCUGGCUCUUUGACUGUGGGGAGGGGACACAGACACAGCUUAUGAAAAGCCAGCUUAAAGCAGGGAGAAUCACCAAGAUCUUUAUCACGCACCUCCAUGGAGACCACUUUUUUGGCCUUCCUGGCCUCCUCUGCACAAUCAGCCUGCAGAGUGGCUCUACUGCCACUAAACAGCCUAUUGAAAUCUACGGCCCUGUAGGGCUUCGGGACUUCAUCUCGCGCACCAUGGAGCUCUCUCAUACUGAGCUGGUCUUUCCUUAUGUGGUCCAUGAGCUGGUGCCAACUGCCGAUCAGUGUCCUCCAGAAGAACUGAAAGAAUUUUCAUAUGUGGAUAAAGCAGAUGGUUCUCCCAAAGAAGGACAAGGAAGAACUAUCCUGUUAGACUCUGAAGAAAACUCCUACCUUCUGGUUGAUGAUGAACAGUUUGUUGUAAAAGCAUUCCGCCUCUUCCACAGAAUUCCUUCCUUUGGGUUUUCAGUUGUGGAAAAGAAACGCCCAGGUAAACUCAAUGCACAGAAGCUGAAAGACCUUGGUGUUCCUCCAGGCCCUGCCUAUGGAAAGCUGAAAAAUGGAAUUUCUGUGGUUCUAGAAAAUGGGGUUACAAUUUCUCCUCAAGAUGUGUUAAAAAAGCCUAUUGUUGGGAGAAAAAUCUGCAUAUUGGGUGACUGUUGUGGGGUUGUGGGUGAUGGAGGCAUGAAGCUGUGCUUAGAAGCAGACUUGUUGAUUCACGAGGCGACCCUGGAUGAUGCCCAAAUGGACAAGGCAAAGGAGCAUGGCCACAGCACCCCCCAGAUGGCAGCAACGUUUGCAAAGCUGUGCCGGGCAAAGAGGCUCGUUCUGACUCACUUCAGUCAGAGGUACAAACCAGUUGCCUUGGCCAGAGAAGGAGAAGCAGAUGGCAUUGCAGAGCUGAAGAAGCAAGCAGAGUCAAUAUUAGAUCUCCAAGAAGUAACUCUAGCGGAAGAUUUUAUGGUGAUUGGCAUUCCAAUCAAGAAAUGAAACCAGCGUUCCUAAAUGUAUGUUGCCAUGUCUGUGAAUGUGUUACCAACCAGAUUUUUGGUUUGGUUUUUGUGUGUGUGUGUGUGUGUUGGUCUGAGUAUCUAUCUGGGUCUUAAUAAUCCUGAAAGGAUUGAGCUGCAUUGCUGAACUGACUCGGUAAGGAGAGGGAACAGAUGAAAAAAAUCCAGCACCCUUCGUAAAGUGCAAAAUGAUAGAUUUGACAAAAUGGUACAUUUUUACUUCCCUCUUUUAGCUACUAUCACAGAUAGCAGCCAGUAUUCUGUGCAAUCCUGGGCUUAGCUUCUGCCCAACUUUAUUGCUCUUAUUGGCCAUGUGUCCAGGACCUGGCUGUCUUAACUAAAAAUGUUAUUUUGGUAGUUUGUGUUAAAUCUGUUCGUAUAAUUAACAGCAGAGAGAAAAGUGUAAUGAGAUACUGUACAUGCUGUAUCUCUAGUAGUUUGACAAUGGCUUUGCUGGAAUACUGACUACAUGGUUGAAUUCGAUGUUUAUCUUAGUAUUUUUGUGAACUUCCUGGUGGUUCUUAACCUGUGCUUCUCAGAUGGGUGCUCUCUUUAGGAAUCUGGCAGCAGUGGAGACAUUUCCUGGUCACAGUGACCCAAGGGGUGGUGGUGGUGGUACUGCUGUACAAACUACUAGCUGGUUUGUACAGUAAAGAUUUAGCUCCUCCCAAAUUGCAAAUAGCAGGCCUGUUGAGAUAUUCAAAUUAAAACUUACACUCCAAUGUCAAUAUACCUUACCAAAGUUAGUGACAUAAUGAGUUGAAUUACUACAUAAAUCAAAUUCUACAGUGGAUCUUAAAGCGUGGAUACUUGAGAAUUGAAAUACCAUGUCAAAUGUUUCAAGGUAUGAGUCAUCAAGUGAAGUUUAUGAAUGUGAACGCAAAAAGUUGUAUCAAACAGGUUUAAUUUACGUGUCUCUUUAAUAAUUCUUUGUUCUUUUGUUUACCGUUGUUGUAUUUCCCAGAAUGUGUUCUCUGAAAAGCUAGUAUAGCAUGCUGAUGCAUUCAAAAGGCUCCUUCCUCACACUGGUUUGGGGAAGUGUUAACGCUGUGUGCUCCCCUGGGACAGGGCUAGUGCCCUGCAACAUUUUUUAAAUGGCAGUACUUGUAAUGCUUAAGAAACUGGUUUUGGGGCUGGGAAUGUGGCUUAGUGGUAGAAUGCUUAUC